AUGGACGAGCUAACGUCACCAGUGAGCAAGCACAAAGACGUCCUCAAGACACAACACGACGACAGCGAUGACGGUCCCCCACUUGACAACGCCCAGAAAGCUGUGUUGGUGACCGAACGUGCAACAAGCUUCGCGACAAGUGCGUCACAGCUCCAAGCCCUCGAAGACCAGCAGAUACCCACCACCGAUGGCUUCGCCAAGCUAGCCGUGUUGCGACCGCGCAUUGCUGAAGCAGAAGAACGCCAACUACAACAAGCACUCAAGAUAUCCGAGCUGCGGAAAAGGAACGGCUUGCUGAAUCAGCGGUAUCAGCAGGUCAUGCUCCUCGGCGCAGGAAGAUGCUGGGUCGACUACGACGAGAGGCUUAGGAAGGCCCUGAGAACGCUUGUGCGGGAGGAAUAUAGGAGAAGGCCUGCCGAGGAGGAAAAAGGCGUGGCACGCGAAGAAGAAGAGGGCGAGGAGAGUGAAUCUGAUGAGGACGAGCUGUGA